UAAAUAGCUUCCCCUCUAAUGGCUUUUGCACUGGAAGCAGCACCUCCGAACUCCUGCCUGAAACAGCUCUCCCAGCAUGCGAGCCGCCCCCCUCCUCGGGGUCAGCGCAGCAAGGCUUCGCCUCAGCCUCUUCCUGCUGCUUUCCUUCGGGCUAGACAGAGGUGUGGGAGCUAAGGAGCUGAAGUUUGUCACAUUGGUGUUUAGACAUGGAGACCGAAGUCCCAUCGAAACCUUUCCUAACGACCCCAUUAAGGAAUCCUCAUGGCCACAAGGAUUUGGCCAACUCACUCAGCUGGGCAUGGAGCAGCAUUAUGAACUUGGAGAGUAUAUAAGGAAAAGAUAUGGAAAAUUCUUGAAUGAGACCUAUAAACGUGAACAGGUUUAUAUUCGAAGCACAGACGUUGACCGAACUCUGAUGAGUGCUAUGACAAACCUUGCAGCCCUGUUUCCCCCAGAGGGUGUGAGCGUCUGGAAUCCCGGCCUACCCUGGCAGCCCAUCCCAGUGCACACGGUCCCGCUUUCUGAAGAUCGGUUGCUGUACCUGCCUUUCAGGGACUGCCCUCAUUUUCAAGAACUUGAGAGUGAGACUUUGAAUUCGGAGGAAUUCCAGAAGAGGCUGCAUCCUUAUAAGGAUUUUAUAGAAACCUUGCCAAAACUUUCAGGAUACCAUGGCCAGGACCUUUUUGGAAUUUGGAGUAAAGUCUACGACCCCUUAUUUUGUGAGAGUGUUCACAACUUCACUCUACCCUCCUGGGCCACAGAGGACGCCAUGACUAAGUUGAGAGAAUUGUCAGAAUUGUCCCUCCUGUCCCUCUAUGGAAUUCACAAGCAGGAAGAGAAAUCUAGACUGCAGGGGGGUGUCCUGGUCGGUGAAAUCCUCAAUCACAUGAAGAGUGCAACUCAGCCAUCCAACCACAGGAAACUUGUCAUGUAUUCUGCACAUGACACUACUGUGAGUGGCCUACAGAUGGCGCUAGAUGUCUACAACGGAAUCCUUCCUCCCUAUGCUGCCUGCCACUUAAUGGAGUUGUACUCUGAAGCAGGUUCUGAAGACCAUCCUUGCUGUUGCCUUUUGCCUGGUGUCUGGCGUCCUAGUGGUGCUGCUGUUUACCCUCAUCCGCCAUGGGCCCUGCUGGCAGAGAGACUCCUAUCGGAACAUCUGAACAGACGGCUGAAUGAGGGCAGACACGCCAGGCCAACUUUCUGUGACACGGCAUCGCUCACCGAUGCAGCAUUCAAAGGACAGGCUUUCACCAUGUGGGCAUCACUCUGCCCACAUCUGUCCCUUUAAGUCUGCCUAGAGCAGGGCCUGAACUCACAGUGACGCAGGGACAGCUGCUGGACUGACUGAUGAAAGGACACCCAAGUUACUUAGCUAGGUCUCCUCACCAUUGAACUCCUCAUCGUGGGGUGGGCUUCUCAUUCAGCUAGAAAGAGGCUCUUCUGCAAAGAAUAGUCGUAUUCUCAGGUACAGAUGUCCAGAGAGAAAUACGAAGGCAAGCUCCAGUCAGCCUUUUACCUGCAAAGAGCAAAAGGUGACAAGGUGUGACAAAGACAUAAAUUAGAGAAGUCUGGACAAUGGGGAAAAUUAGACUAGAAGUAGUGUUACAUAGGAUGAUUCUUAAGAAAUUAGACCCAGUCAGAAGGUAUAAAUAAACCUUUUAUUUAGCUGUUGGGUAGGUUUAAUACAAACAUUCACACACUCUUAAAAAGAAACACCCAGCCAGUGUUGGAUAGCUAACAGAUUUCUGGAUGUAUGUCUACAUACAUACACAUAUCUAUAUUGAACAUGCCUUGGGAAGAGGCUUUUAAUUCUCAGAAACUGUAAUAUCAACUACUUUAGUUGUAGCUCAGGUCAUUUUCCCCACAAUUCUAUAAUUGGGAAUAACUGGAAACUCCUUGAAGCCAUGGUUCUUUUUUUUAUCUCCACUAUCAGAACUGGAUUUUUUUUCUUUUUGCUGAGGAAAAUUCACCCUGAGCUAACAUCCACUGCCAGUCUU